ACAUGUUUCCAGGCCAGCAAAUUACGCAGCAAGGCAUGAUGGGACCGCAGGGAAUGAUGGGAGUCGGGCCUAUACCACAAGGCAUGAUGGGAGUGCCCCAAGGCAUGAUGGGACAGCCGUCGCCGGGUCAGAUGGGGUCACCAAUGCAGGGGAUGCCUCAACAGGGUUUCCGGGGGAGUCCCAUGCCUGGGAUGGCACCACAGUUUGGCGGCAUGCCACAACAGUAUGGAGUCCCUGUGAGUGGAGGGUAUGCCUACUCCCCAGAGAUGCAGAAGAACUAUGCUGAACAACAGAAAAAGUUUGCAGAGCAGCAGCAGAAGCUGCUGGAAGAACAGAAGAAAAGAGAGGAGAAGGAGAGGAAAGAGAGACAGUUUCAGGAGCAGAAGAGGAGACUGGGGGCCAUGAGGACCGCCUCCAUGGGGAAGGGCGGGGCCAACUUUGACUCCAUGUUCGGUCGGGCUGUGGAGGGGUUUGCCCUGGACGUCACUAAGGGAAGCACAACUCCCAAAACACAAGGCCCAGACCUCCAGUCCAUGAUGCUGGAGUCAUGUGACCUGACGGGACCAGACAAACCGAAGAAGGCUUUUCAGAAGGCCGCCGCUCCCCGUAUGCCGACCAUCAACAGGACAGCCACACCCAGUCAGAAGGCACGGAACUGGGACGCCUCCAGCUUCUCUGGUGUCUUCACGGUGGAGAGUCCACAAUCUUGUUUGUUUCAGGCUGGUACUGGACCCGUUACCCUGGAGUUUUUGCACACGGUUCAACAACCUCCCAUCCCAAAGCUGGACGAAAACCUGCUCGUUCCGCCAAAGGGUCGGUCUUCAUCGUUUGGGCCGCAGGGCAUGCUGGGAGGACCCCCUGCGGUGCCCGUCUCCCAGGGAAUCAUGGGAACAGUGCCACCGGUAUCCCAGGGUGCUCAGCUGCAAGGCAUGAUGGGAGGUGACGAUGACUUUGCAGAUUUCCAGGAGGCUCCAAGACCUUCUUCCGGCAGCACAGACACGUCCUCUGACUACCCUGACAAGUAUGGCGCCAUUAGGGCGUAUUCCCAGGGGUCCGAUUCUCAGGACUCCUCCUCACUCAGUUCACAUGGGUCAGGUUUUAACACAGGUUCAGGCGUGCAAAGUACAGAAGUAGCUGCGGAAGGGGAUGAUUUUGCAGACUUCAAGUCCGCCUCCUCGGAGCCCACCCCUGCCCCUGCCCCUGUGCCACCUUUUCUCAAAUCCCUCCAUCACAACAAGGCUCUACCGGACUUGGCCGGGUUUGAGGAUGACAGCAGUGCAGCGGCGCCCCCUCUGUCGGGUUCAAAAACUGCACCUCCUCCACCCAUGUCGGCGGACAUCUUCAACAUUCGCAAGAAAUCUUUCGACGACUUCGCCGAUUUUAAGUCCGCGGAUUCAAACGUGUGGGAGAAACAAGGUAGAGGCAGCACGACUGAGUUCGGUGAAUUUGCGUCUACUGCGACAACGUCGAAUUUGAAAAAGUCUGGUUCGGGACAGAAGCUGACUGAGAGCCUGUCAGGAUUCGCCGAUUUUGUCCAGUCUGGGAAAACUGCUGCUGCAACAACGGGCGACGACUUUGCAGAUUUCCAGCAGUCCUCCGACUUGAUGGGCGGAGACGACAAAACUCUAGACAAGUACGCAGUCUUCAAAGACAUUUCCGAGGACACUCAGAGCCUCACAUCCAUAGGAAGCACGGGGGACGCCUCAAAGGAUUCCGACAAAUACGGAAUCUUUCGAGAGUUGGGGGGAAGCUCGGAAGGCCAGACUCAGGAGGACCUGUUCGGUAGUCUUUCGUCGGCAGAGUCUAAAAAGACAGGAAGCGAGAAGGACACACAGUCAGUACAGAGCCUCGAGCUACCAGGACUCAAUGUAGCAACAUCCUCAACCGAACCUGCCAGCAAGGAUGAAGAGUUUGGGGACUUCAGUUCUAUGAGUGUAGCUCCACCAUCAGGGAAGGAUACAGGUUUGUUUGGCAACAACCAGUCAACAAUGAAGGCUACUGAUGAAUUCGGCGCUUUCGCAGGUUUGGGUACUAGUGCAGCAGCGCCUCCUGCUGAUUCUGACAAGUAUGACAUGUUUAAGGAGCAGAGCGGUAGGCAGGGAACUGAGAGCAAGGAUUCUGAAUUUGGGGACUUCUCUUGGAGUUCCCCUUCGAAACAGUCUCCAUUUGGAGAUUUCAAAGGGCCGGGGACGAGUACUGUAGGCGAUGUUAGUAGUUUAAUCUCCUCAAGUGCAACCCAGACAUUCGGUAGCUUCACUGAUCCGGUGCAAAGUAGCACAACGACGGCAGCGUUCGGACAACAACUUUCAAACCUCAGCCAGCCUGAGGCAUCGAAGCUGCCCGAUUGGUCGAUGGGAAUCAGCCAAUCGGGUGGCAGCGAAACUUCCUUACCGACGUCGCUGUUUGAUUCGAUACAAACGGACGCGAAAUCGACACAGCUUCGCGACUUGACCGACCUGUCGGACUUAAAGAGUGCGAAUAAAACUGUUCCUCCGCCACCAGAGGAUGAUUUUGGUGACUUCAACUCUGCGGCUGAGAAGGCGUCGGGAGGGGGGCAGGACGAGUUUGGAGACUUCAGCGCUGCAGAAAGCGGAAGUGGUACUGUUGUGGGGAGUAAAGAAGCAGGCAAGUACGCCGGUGCGGUUGUCCUGCCAGCAGUGUUCCCACCAAGGCUGUGGCUGACAGCUCUCCUCUGUACCUCAGGGACAGCAGACAGCUCCCCUCUGUACCUCAGGGACAGAUACUCUGGUGUAUCAGGCACUGUGGAGGACAACGAGCGACACGAGUACGAGUGGAAGCGGUGUCUGGAGUCGUGUCUGAAGGAGAUCCGGAGCGCCAACAACGUCUUCAACGACAUCAGCAGCUCCUCCGUCUGCGGGGAGGUCAUCAAGUCCGUACAGGGCUCAGACUACAUCAGAGGAAUUAUUGAGAUCUACAGAGUUGUGUGCCGCAUCACUGUCGGCAUGAAAUCUGCCAGCUGCGGUACUGCAGAACUACACCAGCUGCUAAAGGAGAUAGACUUGGUCUGGAACAACCUGAGCGCUUUCCUCACCUCCAGUCCUAUCAUGGCUCAAUUUGUGCCUGAACCAGGGUCCCUAGACUUCACCACGGGUGCCCUGAAGCCGGGGAUCAGCGACGCCCAGCUGGCCUGUGGGGUCUGCCUGCUGAGCGUGGACUCUCGCAGCAAGGCGUUCGACCGCCAGGACGACUGCAACAAGCUUCAGUACGGCGGCAGGCAGUACCACGCUCCCUGCGCCAACUUCUGGGUCAACAGGGUCAACUCCACCCUCCCCGCACUGCCUCUCAGAGAACUGCUGUAAAUUAUGUACGUUUUAUGGGGUUGGGCCAAAAAAAUUCCAGUGCAAAAAAGAAACCUUGAUAAAAAAAGCCUUAAAACACACCAAAAUAACCCUAAACCCAAACCUCUGCUUGGAGAGUACUGUCUAAUACUUUCUCUGACAGGGCUCUGGAGUGAGUCAGUCAAGGGAGAAUUGUUCCUCCACAGGACUGAAAAUGCCCUGGAAAUUUUACUGUCAAAAGUAUCUUGACGAUCCUAAUUGUUCUGUAAAUUACUGUAACUACUGUAAAUUUCUGAAGAAAAGUUGAGCUGUAAUUGCUGACACAAAAAUUGGAAAUUGGACUUUGCAAACACCAACCUACAAAUGCUUCGACGUGUUUACACCCCCCAAACACACACACUGUCGUUCCUCAUUCCAGGACCACUGCAUUUGCUUCAAUAGGGCACUGGAUUUUUACUGUCAAAAGUAUUUUGGCAAUCCUAAAUUGUACAGAAUAUAAUAUAUGGUUUCUUUUAAUUACAGCCCAAGAUUGCUACUCUUACCAUAUCUGAAUGUCUUGGUUGAAACCUUGGUACGGUUUAAAAGAAUUGAAAAGAUGAAUGGGAAAAGCAAAAUUAAUGUUUUACUCAGAAAAUGGACUGUGAAUAUUUUUGGACUAGUCUAAGCGGAACCAGUAUUUGAGGAAAGUAAUUUAUGUCGUUUGUGGAAUAUUAUUCAUAUGAGAUGAAAGAAAUUAAAAGGUUUGUUGAUACAUGUACAUGUAUAUUUCAUACUUACGAACUAAUUCCUAUGAUUCACUGCACCACUUAACUGAACAUGUAAUGUAUAAGGCCACACCAAUUUAAUUUCUUGGUUAACGGAUUUUUCUACAAAAAUAAUGGAG